AUGGUUGCUUUUACACCUGGGGAAACCAAAGAUUUUGCUUGGCCUUGUUUAACCCAGGCUAAUGCCACAAUAAAUGAGUAUUUAGCUUGCGAUGAGGCCAAACAACAAAUUAAGUUGUUCACACAAGAAACCUAUCUUCAACGAAAAGUUGAUGCUCGAGAAAAAUAUAUUGGGAAAAUAGAGCAAACGGCUGAAGAGAAGGAAAUGGAGAACCUAUUCAAUCAACUUGCUUGGGGAAAAAGCAUUCAGGAACUAGAUGCUAGAGAAACUAAAGGUUUGUUAAAGCUAUUUGAAGCAAAGCAGACUAAACUUAAUGAAAGGAAGACUAAACUCAAUGAACAUGUAGAUGAGAAUGUUUUAAAUCAAACUGGUGCUAAUGAUAGCAAUGCUGGAGAAGAGAAUCAUGGGAAUCCUUAG